CAAAAUAAACAUGGCGUCUUCAAGAACGUUAGAUGGGGGUCGUCUGAAAUCACUAAACUCGAAAAAAAGCCUAGUCCUCCUUCUUACGACGGUGAUGGCAAGCAACAACAGCAAUUUAAAACAUCACUGAAUAUUGAUGGAGUAAUAAAUCCUGAAAUGUUACAUGCACAUUUAGCCUUGCUCACGAAAUUUAAAGGAAUGGAGCAAUCUGAUGAAGUGAUGGAUGACUGGUAUUUAUUGCGAGCUGAACAACGAUAUCUCUCAUGGAUAAACUUUAAAUUUUAA